AUGUUUUUAACCAGAAGUGAAUAUGAUAGAGGUGUGAGCACCUUCAGUCCUGAAGGGAGAUUAUUCCAAGUGGAAUAUUCCAUGGAGGCAAUUAAGCUCGGGUCAACGGCAAUUGGAAUCGCUACAUCGGAAGGUGUUGUUCUUGGGGUUGAAAAGAGAGUGACAUCGUCCUUGCUGGAAUCAGAUUCUGUCGAGAAGAUCAUGGAGAUUGACCGCCAUAUUGGCUGUGCCAUGUCGGGUCUAACAGCAGAUGCGCGCAGUAUGAUUGACCAUGCCAGAGUUUCCAGUGUAACACACGAUUUGCACUAUAACGAGUCGAUUGGAGUUGAGUCGUUGACUCAAUCCGUUUGCGAUUUGGCGCUGAGAUUCGGAGAGGGUGCUUCUGGUGAGAAGAGACUGAUGUCGCGUCCAUUUGGUGUGGCAUUGUUGAUUGCUGGUGUCGACGAAAACGGGCCUCAAUUGUACCAUGCCGAGCCUUCUGGAACGUUUUACAGAUACGAUGCGAAGGCCAUUGGGUCUGGAUCCGAAGGUGCCCAGGCAGAACUGCAGAACGAAUACCACAGCUCGUUGACCUUGAAGGAGGCCGAGCUUUUGGUGCUCAAAAUCUUAAAGCAGGUGAUGGAGGAGAAGCUUGAUUCUACGAAUGCUCAACUAGCAAGUGUGACUAAGGAGGAGGGAUUUAAGAUUUACGCGGAUUCAAAAACCGCUGAGAUAAUUCAGGAGUUGAAGGAGUCGGAGAUUGACGAGGAUUAG